CUUCCCCUCCCCUCCCCCGGCUGGGUUGUGCUGGGCUGUGCUGCGCUGCAGUGUCUCUCUCCGAGGCAGCGGCAGAAGCAGCGGCCCGAUCCCUCGCCGCUUUCUCGGCUCCGGCCCCGGCUCCUCUGCAGCCCCCGGCCCGCCGGCUGCACCAUGGCCAGUGUCAGCUUCAGCGGCCACCGCCUGGCGCUGCUGGCGGCGUACCAGGAGGUGAUCCAGGAGGACUGCCCUGCCGACUGGGCUCUUUACACAUAUGAGGACGAUUCAGAUGACCUCAAGUUAGCAGCGUCAGGAGGGGGUGGCCUACAGGAGCUCUCGGGCCAUUUUGAGAACCAGAAGGUGAUGUACGGCUUUUGCAGCGUCAAGGACUCCCAGGCUGCACUCCCCAAAUAUGUUCUCAUCAACUGGGUUGGUGAGGAUGUGCCAGAUGCCCGCAAGUGUGCCUGUGCCAGCCAUGUGGCCAAAGUGGCUGAGUUCUUUCAGGGCGUGGAUGUGAUCGUCAAUGCCAGCAGUGUGGAAGACAUAGACGCUGGUGCUAUUGGCCAGCGGCUCUCUAAUGGCCUGGCCCGCCUGUCCAGCCCCGUGCUGCACCGACUGCGACUUCGGGAGGAUGAGAAUGCUGAGCCUGUGGGUACCACUUACCAGAAGACAGAUGCUGCUGUGGAAAUGAAACGGCUUAAUCGGGAGCAGUUCUGGGAGCAGGCCAAGAGAGAAGAGGAGCUGAGGAAGGAGGAGGAGAGGAAGAAGGCCCUGGACGAAAGGCUGAAGUUUGAGCAGGAACGGAUGGAGCAGGAGCGUCUAGAACAGGAGGAGAGGGAAAAGCGGUACCGGGAGAGGGAGCAGCAGAUCGAGGAACACAGGAGAAAACAGCAGACUUUGGAAGCCGAGGAAGCCAAACAGAGACUGAAGGAACAGUCGAUCUUUGGUGACCAUCGUGAGGAGGAGGAAGAGGCGCAGAUGAAGAAGUCGGAAUCAGAAGUGGAGGAGGCAGCAGCCAUCAUCGCCCAGCGGCCCGACAACCCCCGGGAAUUCUUCAAGCAGCAGGAGAGAGUGGCUUCAGCUAGCAGCUGUGAAAUGCCCACCCCCUUCAACCACAGGCCAGCAGGUCGUCCGUACUGUCCUUUCAUAAAGGGACCGGACAGUGGGCCGUCUUCCUCUUCCUCCUCUUCCUCUUCCCCUCCUCGGACUCCCUUCCCCUAUAUCACCUGUCACCGCACCCCAAAUCUUUCUUCUUCCUUCCCAUGCAGCCAGAUGGACAGCCACAGGAGGGCUCUAGCAGCAGCUGCCCGGAGCCCCUCAGACUCCAGUUCUGCCUCCACGCCUGUGGCAGACCAGAUUGACCGAGCCUUGGACGAGGUGACAUCCUCACAGCCACAGCCUCUCUCCAGAGAACCCAUUGUGGAGUCCUUGUUGGAGAAGGAGCCUCCAGGAGAGACAUCUGGGCCCCUGGAGGACUUGGUGUUUCUGGAUACCAAAGAGGAGGUGGUGGCUACAGGUGCGGCAGCCCCAGUGGCUUCUGCUGAGAGCUCUGAGGAGACAGAGCUGGCUGAGCCUGCUGGCCCUCCCAAACCACCAGCUCAGGGGAGCCUCAUCGACUUGUGGCAGAGUGAUGGGGUCGCCCCUCCGGAACCUGCAGAAUGGGAGCUGCAGGCCGAUCUGAGGGCUCCAACUCCACCUCAGGAGGGGCCUGGGGCCACACAGGAAGAGUCCGAAUUGGUAGCUCCCCCAGAGCCUCCUCCACUGGGGGAGGGGGCCCCAGAGCCCCUCAUACUCCCUGCUGACAACAGUGCCAACCUCCUGAACUUCGAUGAGCUUCCUGAGCCUCCAGCCACCUUCUGUGACCCUGAGGAGGGUGACCGUGAAGCCCCUGAUAUGGGUGGGAUGGAGGGGCCCCACCCUGGCUCUGAACAAGAUGUCCUGGUGGCUGAGACCCUGCCCAUGGACUUGGAGGAGCUGGAGCCAGAGCAGGAAGCCCACUUGCUAACCAAUGGAGAAACCACCCAGAAAGAGGGGACACAGGCCAGUGAGGGAUAUUUCAGUCAAUCACAGGAUGAGGAGUUUGCCCAAUCAGAAGAGCUAUCUGCUAAAGCCCCACCUCCUGUAUUCUACAACAAACCCCCAGAGAUUGACAUAACCUGUUGGGAUGCAGACCCUGUGCCUGAGGAAGAGGAGGCCUUUGGUGGCAGUGUCUAGCCCUUUGGCUGGGUCUCCCCAGGCAGACACCAUGUGAAGGCCGCCCACUCUGGGCUCCGUGCCAGCUGGCCCGUCGCGCCUGCGCCCGCAGCAUUUCCACCUGGUUGGUGGUGACUCUGGACUCCCGGCCCCUGUCCCGGAACGGGGCCACCUCCCCAUCCCCCGUCCUGCCCAUGGUGGGGGGCCAGACUUUUAUAGCUUUUCUCCCUUUUUUAAAAAGUUGAUAGGAAAAGUGUACAGUUGACUGGUUUUCCUCUCUGUUGGUAGUGAGAUGCUGUUCCGCACCCCCUCCAUAGCCCUUGGGGUCAAGGAGAUAGAUCUCUGUACCCCCCUUCAGCUCUCUUGGCCUGUAUCAGAGGCCUAGACCCCAGGCCUGGCCAGCCCUUCCUGGGGGUGAUUUCAGGCUCCAGGGAGAAUGGUCCUCCUUAUAUACAUCCUUUUCCUAGUUUUUGUUUUGUUUUUGUUUCUUGAAAAUAUCACUCACUGCAUUCUCUGUCCAGGGCUUGGAUAAUUUGCACGAAUUUAAAAACAUGGCAAUAAGUGGCUCUGUGGGCUCUGGUUCCAUGGGACCCCUCCCUCCCCCUUCCCCCCAGGAGUAACCCAGCGGGGGGCAGGCCAACAUGGGGUAGGAUGACAGUAAGGAGAGUGUCCCUAUCCCUGAAGUGGCUCCUGAGUGAAUGAAUGGGAGUGGUCUCUACCAUCUGCCACCCUCCCCUUGCCCUUGGCCUUUCAGCCUUCUCUAAUGUUGCCCUCCUGCUGGGCAGGUCCCGGGCUGGAGGCCUCUAUAUGGCUCCCAUGGCCCCCAUGGCCCCACUUGGGCCAUGGGAGGGGCCUAGGUUAGUAGGGCUGUUGGGGUGCUUCCCCCCAGGAACCAGCCCCCUCCCCCAAACUGCCCUCCUCUUGUCGCUUGGUAGCCUUUUUCACGUUUAGUAACUGUUUUUGGAAAGCACAAACUUCUGUAAUGGCGUGUGCUCAUGUCUGUUAAUAAAGAAAUCCAGAUCCAG